CCCAAAAAAACGUGAGAAAUCUUUUAUUUUUAAUCGCUAUAGAUAUUUUACAAUCAAUAAUUUUUAAAAAGUCAAUAGGAUUUUAACAUUGGGCUGUGACGUCACGAACCAGACGCCCCUUGGAGGCAAUUUGACUUAAAAGCUCAAUUGGAAAGUGAAAGUGCAAAAGUACAACUCUGAGAGUGUUUCAAACUCAAACGCCAUUUUAAAGACGGACGAGAAAGAAAAGGGAGUAGAAGAUGGAAUAAAACUGAAAAAAGAACAGAGUUGGCUAGUUUGGGAUAGAACCCACAUGUGGUGUAAACUGGUCUGAUGUGUUCCAGUCUCCUGAGAUAGGGGGCGCUGUUUCUAAAAUGAGUCACUCAGGAGAGCCAGACACCAAAGGAGGAACCCUCAGCACUAACAGAAAGAGGGUUCAGGUAGAAAGAGCAGGGUCACCUGUACCCAGCUGUGUGUCUAUGAAGAGUGAUGAUUCAAUGAGGAGGAUCCUCAACUUCAGAGAAGAGUUUCCAGGUGAUUCAAGGGUCCAGGAGGAAAGAGCAGGGUCACCUGUACCCAGCUGUCUGUCUAUGAAGAGUGAUGAUUCAAUGAGGAGGAUAAUCAAUUUCAGAGAAGAGUUUCCAGCUGAUUCAAGGGUUCAGGUAGAAAGAGCAGGGUCACCUGUACCCAGCUGUGUGUCUAUGAAGAGUGAUGAUUCAAUGAGGAGGAUACUCAACUUCAGAGAAGAGUUUCCAGGUGAUUCAAGGGUCCAGGAGGAAAGAGCAGGGUCACCUGUACCCAGCUGUCUGUCUAUGAAGAGUGAUGAUUCAAUGAGGAGGAUAAUCAAUUUCAGAGAAGAGUUUCCAGCUGAUUCAAGGGUUCAGGUAGAAAGAGCAGGGUCACCUGUACCCAGCUGUGUGUCUAUGAAGAGUGAUGAUUCAAUGAGGAGGAUACUUAACUUCAGAGAAGAGUUUCCAGGUGAUUCAAGGGUCCAGCAGUCACUGGAGUACGGCUCUUUUGAAGAGAAGGGUUCAGAUAAAUUAUCUUCCGCAAAAAAGUCUCUCCUGCUCACUCUGAUGAAGCUGAAGAAGGAUGAGAAGUUGAAACUGUUUCAGAGCCAUCUGAGUCAGGAUUGCCCGGAAUGCUGUCUUGACGAUCAGUUUAUGAAGUUCAUUAAUGAAUUGUUCGACAGUCAUGAAGUUGAUGAUUACCCAGAAUGCAUUGAGAGAGAGCAGGAGGAUCCUGAGGCUGUGUGCAUAGUUGAGAAGUUGCUGGAGACCUGUGGCAGUGAGGGGUUUCUGAAGAUCACACUCCACAUCCUGAGGAACAUGAAGCAGAAGGAUCUCGCUGAUUCACUGGAAAGAGAUCAGCACAAUGAGUCCAUAAAAAGAGCCCAGCAGGCACUGAAAACUCAUCUGAAGAAGAAGUUUGAAUGCAUAUUUGACGUUUUAGCAAAGCAGAGCCAGCCAACCGUCCUCAAUGAGAUCCACACAGAGCUCUACAUCACAGAGGGGGGAAGUGGACAGGUCAAUAAUGAACAUGAAGUCAGACAGAUUGAGACAGCAUCCAAGAGACAAACCACAAAGGAGACUGCAAUCCUCUGCAAGGAUAUCUUUAAGUCUUUACCUGGACAAGAGAAACCUAUCAGAACUGUGCUUACAAAGGGCAUCGCUGGCAUUGGGAAAACUGUCUCUGUGCAGAAGUUCAUUCUGGACUGGGCAGAAGGAAAAGCCAAUCAGGACAUUGAUUUCAUCUUCACUCUUCCUUUCCGAGAUCUGAACUUGAAGAAGGACAGAGAAUUCAGUCUGAUGCAGCUUCUGCAGCACUACUUUCCACAGCUGAAAGAGAUCAAAAGUUUUGAAGGUGAUGAAGUCAAAGUUGUAUUUAUCUUUGAUGGACUGGAUGAGUGUCGACUUCCUCUAAAUUUCCAAAGUAAUAAGUACUGCUCCAAUAUAACAGAGUCAUCAUCAGUGGAUGUGCUGCUGAGCAACCUCAUUAAGGGGAAUCUGCUUCCCUCUGCUCUCCUCUGGAUCACCUCCCGACCAGCAGCAGCCAAUCAGAUCCCUCCUGAGUGCGUCCACCAGGUGACAGAGGUACGAGGGUUCAAUGACCCGCAGAAAGAGGAGUACUUUAGGAAGAAAAUCAGAGAUGAGAACCAGGCCAGCAGAAUUAUCUCACACAUGAAGUCAUCCAGGAGCCUCUACAUCAUGUGUCACAUACCAGUCUUCUGCUGGAUUUCUGCUACUGUUCUGGAGACAAUGUUGGGUAAAACAGAGAGUGGAGAUCUGCCCAAAACUCUGACUGAAAUGUACACACACUUUCUGCUCAUUCAGACUAAUGUGAAGAAUCAGAAAUAUCAUGGCACUGAUGAGACAGACACAAAGAAGAUGUCAGCAUUAGAUACAGAAAUCAUCCUGAAACUGGGGAAGCUGGCUUUUCUACAGCUGGAAAAGGGCAAUCUGAUAUUCUAUGAAGAGGACCUGAAAGAGAGUGGCAUUGAUGUCAGUGAAGCUUCAGUGUACUCUGAGGUGUGCACAGAGAUCUUUGAGGAGUGUGGGUUGCACCAGGAGAAGGUCUACUGCUUUGUGCAUCUUAGCAUUCAGGAGUAUCUGGCUGCCUUGUUUGUAUUGCAGUCAUGUGUAAAUGAGAACAGAAAUGUACUCAGAGCAGAAGAAUCAAAACCUCACAGUGACAGAGUGCAGCUGUCUGAGCUACACAGGAGCGCAGUGGAUCAGGCCUUAGAGAGUAAGAAUGGACACCUGGACCUUUUCCUCCGAUUCCUUCUCGGCCUCUCUCUGCAGUCCAUUCAGUCUCUCUUAGGAGGACUACUGACAGAGACAGAAAGCAGAUCAGAGAGCAUUAAGAAAACAGUCCAGUACAUUAAGGAGAGGAUCAGAGAGGAAUCUUCAGCAGAGAGGAUCACCUAUCUGUUCCGCUGUCUCAAUGAACUGAAUGACAACUCUCUAGUGCAGGAAAUCCAGAAUUCCCUGAGAUCAAGAAAACUUUCUGAUAAAGAGCUGGAACCAGACCAAUGUUCAGCUCUGGCCUUUGUGUUACUGAUGUCGGAGAAGAUCCUGGAUGAGUUUAACUUGAAGACAUACAACACAUCAGCAGCAUGUCAUCAGAGACUGCUACCAGUAGUCAGGCACUGCAGGAAGGCCAUGUGA